UUUUGCCCUACAUUUAUAUUUUACAUUUCGAGUCUACUUUCAAUUUCUAUUUUCCCUUUGUCGACUUUUCAAGUUCGUCCAUACUAUUACCGAAAUGGCAGGUAUAGUGAGGAGAAUUAUUCAAACUGCAAAGGCUCCAUCAGCCAUAGGACCAUACAGCCAAGCAGUCCUAGUAGAGAACACUCUGUAUGUGUCCGGACAGAUAGGAAUGAGCCCCAAAGAUGGAAACAUUGUACAAGGGGGCGUGGUGCCUGAAGCUGAGCAGGCUUUGAAGAACAUGCAGGCAAUUUUAGAAGAAGCAGGCACUACAAUGGAUAAUGUUGUCAAAGCCACAGUUUUGUUGGAUGACAUCAAUAAUUUCGGAGCAGUGAAUGAAGUGUAUGCCAAAUUUUUCCAGAAGAGUUUUCCAGCACGAGCAGCUUAUCAAGUUGCAGCCUUACCAAAGGGGGCCAAAGUGGAGAUUGAGGCUGUGGCUAUUGUUGGAAAACUGGUGGAUACACAAUGACUAGAGGCUAGACUAUAGUCCAAAUACUUGUACAAUUUUGACCAGCAUACCUCUAAGGAAGUCCGAUUGAAUACUUCAUUUUUAUACAAAUUUAAAAGCAGUCAUUAUACAUGGUAUACACUUUUAAAUUUAUAGUUUACAAAACCAGAUAUUUUUGUAUGGAAAAAAAAACAAAAACAUUUUAUAA